AACGCAGAGCGUCUCGUAGUCUGCAAUGCCAUCUCGUCGGUUUCCGAGCGCCUUUUACCGCGCAUCCCUCCGAUAUUAUAAAACGGUCGCGUGCGCGCCGCGCGCCCGCAGUCGUACCUAGCUACCGAGCGAGUCGCACGCUCCUGUUAUGCUAAAGUGGUAAUCCCACGCGCUACCGACAUGGAGGAGACCCCUCCCAGCCAGGUCGUGCCCGAGCCCGACGAGGGCAUCGCCUCCGACCGCCGGCCGUCCACCGACGACAACGCCGAGCUGUCCGACUCCGCGUCCGACGCGGGCUCCGGCGGCGGCAAGGACUCCGGCUGCGAAGUCACUCCCGACGCGCAGGAGCCGCCCUACGCGCCGCCCGACGACGAGCUGGCCGCGCGCAUCGUGGCGCAGGUCGAGUUCUACUUCUCCGACGCCAACAUCACCAAGGACGCCUUCCUGCUCAAGCACGUGCGCCGCAACAAGGAGGGGUACGUCUCCCUCAAGCUGAUAUCCAGCUUCAAGCGCGUCAAGCAUCUGACCAAGGACUGGCGAGUGGUGGCCGAGGCCUUGAAGCGGUCCACGAAGCUGGAGAUCAACGAGCAGGGGACAAAGCUGCGCCGGAUCGAGCCGCUGCCGGCGUACGACGAGACCACUCCUUCUAGAACCGUGGUGGCCGUGCGCAUGCCCAUCGAACGCCCCUCGGUUGAGAACGUGUCCAGACUAUUCGCGAGUUGUGGUGAAAUUGCUUUGGUCAGGGUGCUCAGGCCCGGGAACCCGGUCCCGGCCGACGUCCGUCAAUUCCUGAACAAGAACCCGAGCUUGGUGAACUGUGUGUGUGCGUUAGUUGAGUUUACCGAAUCCGAGGCCGCGAGAGGCGCUCUGCGUCUGCAAAGCUCGGACGAGGAAGGUAUGAGAGUGUACGAAUUGAACGGAGUCCCGCGGGAGCCGAAGAGGAAGACGCCGGUGCGCCGUCCUGCGCCGAGACGCCACGAGUGCGAGUACUCGUCCUGCUGCAGCGGCUCGGAGGCCGAGUACGACAGCUACAGACACGGGACGCCGCCGUUCUACAGGCGCAACUCGAGCGGGUUCUUCGCGCCGCGCUCGCCCGAGAUACAGACGUGGGUGCCGCGCCGCACGUCGACGUGCAGCCACAGCUCGGACUCGGGCGUGUCGUUCUUCUGCGGCUCGCGGCGCGCGUCGCAGGCCAGCACGGGCAGCGCCAGCAGCGCCGAGGGCUGGCUGGCGCGGCGGCUGUCGGGCUGCUCGCUCACGGGCGCCGAGUGCGGCGGGCGGCGCGUGUCGUGCACGCCGCGCUUCGAGCCGCGCGCGCCCGUGGUGCCCGACGGCACGCGCGGCUUCCACGCGGCCGCGCGUCAGCGGAGGAUCUCGGACCUCGCGCUGUACUCGCGCUAGAAAGCGCCCGCCGACCGUGACACCUUUCUAAUCACGUUGGAUAACUACCUUUCACGUUCAGACCACCCGGUUUUUAAUCUACGAGGAAACGAUUCGUGUUCGCGUGUUAAAUUCUUAGUUUAUUACAAAAGAAUGCAUGUAGAGAGUUAGUGAACUGGGAGAUAGUAGUUACCUAGUUGAUAAAGUCGACGAUCGAUUCGUCGAUGAUUGUGAUCGAAGCUCAUUUAGAUAGGUCUAGUUUAGUAACGUUUGUAAUUUAUUAGAAUGUGAUUAUUUAUUACCGCGUAUUUAUUGCGGGCAGGGCGCGCGCUGUGGGGAGUUUUCAUCCGAGUUGUCAGAGUUGUGAGCACAAAAUUCAAAACUAAAGCAAAAUCGACAUCACGAAGUUUGUAGACUCGAUCUGGCGGGAGAUGUGGGCGACGGAGCUCGGAGGCAGAGCGCAGCACGUUGCGUAAAUUGGAUUGCGAACUAUGGAUGCCCGUUCCACGUUUACAUAACCGAGAUAAACGCAUAUCGGCACACGUACUACCUGUGCAACGCAGCGUGCUCGUUCCGCCGCGGAACUUUGCGUAUGGGAUGCCACAAUGCGCCGGACCAACCGUCCUUUUACAUUGUAUAAGAUUAAUUAAGGUAAUUUAAGUCAGUCGCGCCAUGUCAUGAUUUAUUUAAGUUUUUUUAAUACUAUUUUUAAGUUGUUGUGAUUUUAAUUGCGUUGCGCAAGAGUGAGAGGCGUACUAUCCAUUCCGAGCAAUCUCUUUUGUAUUUUAUUACUCGAUAGCAAUGAUACAUUUCUUCACUUGUAUAAUCGAUAUAUCGUGCUUGUUUCUUACUUACAUAAGUAAGCAAUAUACUGAAGCUUGUUUAAAAAAAAAUUGUAACAUAUCUGUGACUUGGUUUUUGGAGAGGCGAGUAGCUUAACGCCUCAGUUUUCAGUUCGCAACAGGAGAUUCAUCUUACGGUUUUAAAUAAUGUCAUAACGCACAAAGCUUUUGGUGCUAAGCUAGCCGCCUUUCAAACUCUUAUUCUAGCGCAGAACCGUGUAAAAGAAAAGAAAAGAUCUUGUAUAGAAGCUAUGCUACACAUGCUUAUACGUUAGGGUAGGUUACCCCUCUACCACUUGAGCAUUUAAACUGAAAUGCUCAAGAUACCUGUGUGUCAAAACCAGAAAAAAUGUCCCAGCUCUGAAGAAAUUUAUAGGGUAUGCUUGUAUAAUAACGAUGUUCAAACACAAAAUGUUGGGUUCCUUAUCCAGGUGACGCCGCGUACUUGGGCAGGGUCAUAUCUAUAACGUAGACUCGUUCGUAUGGAACGCCCUUCCGGCAUCAGUUUUCCCCUCCACUUUUAAUAUGGAUACCUACCUUUAAGUCAAGAGUGAAUAAGCAUAUUCUGUGUAAGCACGCCCCAUCUUAGGCUGCAUCAUUACUUGCAGGUUAGAUUGCAGCCAAGCGCUAGUAUAUAAAUUAAAAAAAAACAUCGGCUCAUGUACGAAGAGCGAACUAAGUAUUUGUACCUACUAUAUUUUUACCAGAUGACCAUGGCAUUGCACGGUUAAGGAUAGAUAAGAGCAUACUGUAAAACCGAGGUAUAUAAAACCUUGCAAUUUAUUUGAUGUAUCCUCGAAUGAUUACGGAGUAAUAUCGACAGAAAUUAACACUGCCUUUUCGUUCAAUCACCUUCCUCUCGCUAACUUGUUCAUUCCUUUCACCUUCACUUGAAUAAGAACAUCUUUGUACAUAUAUUUAUAUCUCGUUAUAAGCAAAACAAAUCAUUGUAAAUUUUGUACUACUAAAUGUGCUCUAAGCUUAACUUUAUUUUAUUUCACUUAACUAAGUUAUGUACUACUCUUGUAUAGAGACAAAGUUGCACGAGUUACAUCGCAAAAAUGUUCUGUUGUUAUCAAUUAUCACCGAAUUUAUACAAUAUUAACCGUGUAAAAUUAUUCUAUUUAUUUUGUUUUUAUUGUAGUACUUAAAAUUAUAUAUUUUUAGGUAUUAUUGGUUGGCAGUCAAUCGAAAGUCCUAUCACAUUGUAGGUACUUAAUUGUUUUUAAGGUCAGUGCUAAGGUCACCGAUUCAUUGUCGGGAACCCAGAUAUAAGUUUGGAAAACCUGUAUCCUGAAAUACAGGGGACCCUGAGGUCUCCUCUCUUUCUCUACCGUCUCAAACAUAAUAUUAUGAGUGUUACUUUCGUUCACUUAGACUGUUACAGACAUUGAGAAACAAAAAUGCUUACAAAUUUUUUUACUUUGAAGUUUAUUCCCACUCAUGGGCAUUUUUUUCUGUAAAUAUGUACAUACAUACAUUAGAAUAAUAUAUUGUAUGUAUUCUUUUAAUUUCCUGUGUUAUUCUUCUGUUUUGCGAUGUUACUCGUUUAGAAAUGCUACGUUUCUUUUAACUCUAUUUAUAGAAGCUAUCAAAAACUGUCAAUUUAUUUUCUUAUUUAAAUACACUUGUUAUUUUAAAGUAUAAAAUUUUGUUUACUUAAUGUUUUACUAAUUAUUCUUACUUACUAACAUAUUAGGGCCUACGCAUAUCUACUCAAUCGAAAUAAAGCGCUAUCCUAUCUAGGACACCAGAGCUUAAGAGAAGUCAUCUUAGCGCUUUCCAUACAAACGUAAUUUGGUUCUCAUUUGAAUGAUAAACAAUGGAACACAAUUUUGUAGACACGUUCUAGGAAGCAAAGCGUUUUCUGUGUCUAUUGCUUGUCGUAAAAAUAUGUAGUUUCUUUACACCGGUUCAAAUAUUUGUAAUGUAAAUCUUUGAGCCCCUGUAACUUGAACUUGAAAAUGCUGGGGAGCGUUACUUAUCUUAAGGAUACUAAGUAGUAAUUACUUAUCCUCAUUCCUCAAAAAGUGAUGGCAGACAACCAGAGAAAACAAUUUAGGUACAGUUAUAACUUGUUUCCUAUUUCCGACAACUCCGUAGAGAUAUUUUACAGAUUUUAAUCUCUUAGUAGAUAUUGACUUUUAUAUUAACUGAACACUCUAAAGAUUUGAACCUUUGUUUGGGUAUUUUUUCGCAGUUUUAUUGUAUAGCUUCUAUUAAAAGUCAUUCGCUUUUAUUUUUUUCCGAGUAGGCGAAGUUAAUUUAGUCGGCAGUUGGCACAAUAAACUCGGAUCUGUUGCGUCCUCCUCGCUAUUGUAAUAAUGGUUUUUUAAAUAUAAGUUUUUG